CGAGAAAGCAUCAAACCAGGGUUUUGAAUGUGUGGCUGAAAUGUCUAAAGGGCAUGAACUACGAAUUAUCAAUGUACAAAUCAACAGCUUGGAGAAUUCAGAUCCAUCCCCUGUAUCCGAAUAUCCCCCAUCCAACUUUUUUUCCAACCAGUUUUUUGUAUGGCUGUAUCAUUACAUUGCAGCUCUUUAUAUAGAUUUUCCUCUCACAUCGGGGGCAUCUUGGAGAUGGCGCAGCACAGUAUAGCGCGGUUUGGCUGAGAAACCUGACCUUCCCCAUGUAAGCCGUAACGUUAUCUCCCUGCGAUCACAGCCACGUCAGGCCACACAUCCAACCGUGACUUAUGACGAAUGACGUCACCACGAGAAACGUUAGCUGACACGGCACAGCAUGCCGGCCAGCCGCUACUGCUGGCGUCUACUCUCGCCGCGUUAGGAGAGCUCGGCGUGUCGUCCGUCUUGGGGGGGCUUCUCACCCGCUCCCCGGCGAAAGGCUGCGCCGGUGCUGUCCGCGGAGAUGGCCUUGCCGCUGAAUGGGCGGAGCGGAAGGCUUUGUGGGAGGAAGGGGAAGAUAAGAGCGGGGAUGGGGAGGAACAGCUGCUCGCGCACCAGGCGAGGGGUGGCCAGCGGGAAGGGCAGGCGCGCGGAAGAGAGGAGGGGCUGGCGGAGCGGAAACCGCCAGUUUUCCGCGUCGCUCCACUGAGGGGGCUGGCGCCAGCGCAGUUGCGCGGGGAUGGGGGGAGGCGGAUGCAGGCUGGCGGAGCGAGAGAGAAGGGGCGGUGGACGGCAGAGAGGGCGAGCGAGGAGGAGAGUGUAGUGGCCGUGGGGGAGGAGGGGCUGAGACGACUGGGCAUGUGCGGGGGGGACAUGGUGGCAGUGGCGCUGCUGCCGCCCGACCCAGGCGCCAGAGCCGCCAGAGACGCACGAGACAGCAGAGUCAUGCCGGCACGGCUGCUGCUGUGGCGAGGGGGGGUGCGGGGGAAGGGGUGGGGAGGAAGGGGAUACCGCAGCAGCAGCAGCAGCUGUAGUGGCAGGGGACGAGCGGGUGGGACUGCUUGGUUGUCGCCCCUGCUGGGUUUCAACCUGGGGCUGCCAGGGGGGAUCAUGGGGGAUGGGGAGGGCAGUGCGGGCGAGGAGGAGGAGGAGGAGGAGGAUGAGGAGGAGAGUGAGGAGGAGGAGGAGGAAGAAGAGGAGGAGAGGAGCAGGGGGCGAGAGUCAGGGCAUGCAGCAUGGGGUGGCGUCCGUGUGCUCAUUCUGCCCCUGCCUGCGACGCCCCCACCCGUGCCGUCACCCAUGGCAGCAGGUAGCGCCGGAGUGGGUGUGGGGAACGCGCAUGUGACUGUGGGGGUGGCCACUGUGGUGCGCCUUGCCACAGUGCGCUGCCCCUCCGCCCUUCCCCCGUGGCAGUUGGUGGGGGGAAGGGGGAGGAGAGGCGGGGAAGGAGGAAGCCGGGGAGAGGGGGGAGAUGUCAGUGGGUCGGUGGGGGUUGGUAUGGGGAGGAGAGGGCGGGGGAAGGAAGGGCAUGCAUGGGCCAAUAGGCAUGCGCCACGUCAUGGGGAGCGAGAGGGGAUGCAGCAUGGGGAAGAGGAAAGGGAGCACGCUGGGAUGGAUGGGGAGGAAGGGUGGGAGGAGGAAGUGCAAGAGGAGGAGGAGGAGAGCGAGCGGGAGAGGGAGGUGCGGCAGAGGGAGGUGGACGCGGCUCUGAGGCGGGUGGUGGUGCGGCAGCGGUACGUGGCCAUGGGGGCAUGCUUCUUUGUUGUGGUGGGGGCCCGGAGGAGCGUGGGCCGCAUGGUGGGGGAUGUGAUGGGGGGGGGAGGAGAAAGGGGAGGGGGAGGCGGGGGUGCAGGAAGGGAAGAGAGUGAGGGAGGAAGGGAAGAGAGUGAGGGAGGAAGGGAAGAGAGUGAGGGAGGAACGGAUGAGGAGGAAGAAGAGGACGAAGAGGAGGAGGAAGAGGAGGAGGAUGAGGGGGAGGAGAGGGAGGCACGAGUGGUGUAUUUCAGUGUGACGGCGGUGCACCCCCCCGGCAGCGCCCUCUACGCCAUCCACCCGCGCUCCACCCACCUCAUCCUCUCCGCCUCCCUGCCCUCCCCCCUGCCACCUGUCGCGCUACGGUUCGCCGGGGAUCUAGCAGGGUACCCCCCGCCACCCGAGGCUGCGCGGCUGGUUCGGGUGCUGGCUCCGGCGCUGCUGCCUGCUGGGGGGGGGGGGAGGGGGGAGAUGGCAGAAUGGGGAUGUCAGCAGGGGGAGGCAUGCUCCCAUCAGCGUUCAGCUGCGCCCUUCUGCUCAUUGGCCCGCCAGGCCCUGCUGCCUUGGAUCAGAGUGGGCCGGCGCACAGCGGUGCGGCUGGCGUGCCAGCGCAUGGGCGUGCACUGCGUGGAGUAUAGUGGUGCUGACAUCGCUGCCUCCGCCAGUGAGAGCGCGACAGCUGGGGCGCUUGAAGCAGCUUUUGAAACGGCAAGCCGCUACUCCCCCGCAGUGCUGCUGCUGCGCCGCUUCUCCGCCCUCCUCAGAGCGUCCGACACCCAGGACGCCUCCUCCGCCUCCUUGCUGCCGCUGCUCUCCCACUCGCUGCGCGCCUGCAUCCGUGCUUUCUCUCGCCCCCACGCUGCAUCGUCCGCCUCCUCACCAACUUCAAGUGAAGCUGUAGCAGCAGCACGAGCAGCAGGGGGAGGGGGAGGGGGAGCGGCGGCGGUGGUGGUGGUGGCGUGUGUGGAGGAGGGCGAGGCGGAGGGCAUGGGCGUGGCGGUGAGGCGCUGCUUCACCCACGAGCUCUCAGUGGCGCCGCCGGAUGAACACCAGAGACAGCGCCUGCUCAGGUUCUACCUUAAGCGCCCUCCCCCCUCCGCUGCAACACACGAGGAGGAGGAUUUGACAGUGACUAUAGCGAGGGAGACAGCUGGUCUGCUGCCCAGGGACCUGCGGGCUCUGGCUGCCGACGCUGCUGCCGCCGCCAUCAAGCGCGGGCUGCCUCAUGGGAAGGCAGGUGCAGCUGCUGCCAUGCAGCAAACACUGGGCUGUGGGGGCAUGGCAAGGGAGGGGGGUGUGGGGGUUGGCAGCGGUGCAGAGCGGAGCAGCGGCGGCGGGGAGGAGGGCAAGGCCGAGGGGGAAGAGGGGAGGGCGGAGGGAGGGCGUGGCAGGGGGGCGGAGGAGGCCAGCAGAGGGGCUGAACUGGCGGUGGGGCGGGACGACAUGGAGGACGCGAUGCGCCGGGUGAAGCGGCGUGUGGCGACGGUGAUCGGCACACCCAAGGUGCCCAACGUGCGGUGGGACGACAUUGGCGGGCUGGAGGACGUCAAGGCCGCCAUCCUGGACACCAUCCAGCUGCCCCUGCGCCACCGCCAUCUGUUCGCCUCUGGCCUGCGCCAGCGAUCCGGUGUGCUGCUGUACGGCCCGCCAGGCACCGGCAAGACGCUGCUGGCCAAGGCGGUGGCGACGGAGUGCUCCCUCAACUUCCUCAGCGUGAAGGGGCCCGAGCUCAUCAACAUGUACAUCGGCGAGUCGGAGCGCAACGUGCGAGAGAUAUUCGCCAAGGCCAGGGCGGCGCGGCCGUGCGUGGUGUUCUUUGACGAGCUCGACGCGCUCGCCCCGGCCAGAGGGGCGGCUGGGGACUCGGGGGGCGUCAUGGACCGCGUUGUCUCUCAGCUGCUUGCUGAGGUGGACGGCAUAGGAUCCACGUCAGCAUCAGAUCUGUUCCUGGUGGGCGCCAGCAACCGCCCUGACCUGAUAGACCCGGCGCUGCUGCGGCCGGGACGCUUUGACAAGCUGCUGUAUGUGGGCGCGGGCAGCACCAGCGAGCACCGGUGCAGGGUGCUGCAGGCGUUGACUCGUCGCUUCCACCUGUCGCCCAGUGUGUCGCUGCCACGUGUCGCUGAGCGCUGCCCUGACACGCUCACAGGGGCGGACCUUUAUGCUCUCGCAGCAGAUGCGUGGCUCUGUGCCGCCAAGCGCAAGGUGGCAGCGGGCCGAAGGUCAGAACCGUCUGCUGAAGGUUCCAACAGCCAAGGCGUGGGAAGUGAAAAGGAGGGUGGGGAAGGAGACGAGGUGGUGGUGGUGGAACAAGCCGACUUGUUCAAGGCCUUGUCACAACUGACCCCCUCGUUAUCAGCAUCAGAGCUGCAUCGCUACGAGGCUUUGCGAGAGCAGUUCCAGCCUGCAGGGCGAAGCCGUGUAGCUGCCUGAUGGCUGAUGGCUGAUGGCGCGUCUGACUGAAGCGUUCAUUGAUGUCUUGAUUAGCGCGGAUCAGUGGGUUGUCACGGUUCUGAAGCCCUCCCUACCGUGCUGAGACCAGGUAAUUAGCACCAAGUGAUUUCGAGAGUGUGUCGCCAUUUUUGUAGGUUGUAUAUAUCUUUUGAGGUUGGAUGACAAGGUGUAGUUCUUCGGCUUUUUGUCACGUCAAGUGCAUUUCUAUCGAGGUCCUGCAAGAUCAUCCCCAGUUUGACUUCUCGAGACUAUCUGGGAUUCUGGGCCUUUCGGCUC